AGAGGGGGAAAGAAAGAGGAAAAGAGUGCGAGGGAGUGAGGGAGGGAAGAAAAUAAACAACAAAAAAUGUCCUCUUCCUCCCCCACCGGGCAGAUUGCAAGUGCGGCGGACAUCAAGCAGGAGAAUGGGAUGGAAAGCGCCUCCGAAGGGCAGGAGGCGCACCAAGAAGUGGCGGGGGGCGCGGCGGCGGGGCUCAGCCCCCCGGCUCCAGCCCCUUUUCCCCUGGAGCCGGGGGACGCCGCGGCCGCCGCCAGGGUGAGCGGAGAGGAAGGGGCAGUGGCGGCGGCGGAUCAGGUACAACUCCACUCGGAACUUCUGGGCAGGCACCACCACGCCGCCGCCGCCGCCGCCACCGCGCAGACCCCGCUGGCCUUUUCGCCCGACCAUGUCGCCUGCGUGUGCGAGGCGCUGCAGCAGGGGGGCAACCUGGACCGCCUGGCCCGGUUCCUGUGGUCCCUGCCCCAGAGCGACCUGCUACGUGGCAACGAGAGCCUGCUGAAGGCUCGGGCGCUCGUGGCCUUCCACCAGGGCAUCUACCCCGAGCUCUACAGCAUCCUCGAGAGCCACAGCUUCGAGUCGGCCAACCACCCGCUGCUGCAGCAGCUCUGGUACAAGGCGCGCUACACCGAGGCCGAGCGAGCCCGCGGCCGGCCGCUGGGCGCCGUGGACAAGUACCGGCUGCGCAGGAAAUUCCCCUUGCCCCGCACCAUCUGGGACGGCGAGGAGACGGUGUAUUGUUUCAAGGAGAAGUCGCGCAACGCGCUCAAGGAGCUCUACAAGCAGAAUCGCUACCCUUCGCCCGCCGAGAAGCGGCACCUGGCCAAGAUCACCGGCCUGUCCCUCACCCAGGUCAGCAACUGGUUCAAGAACCGCCGGCAGCGCGACCGGAACCCCUCGGAGAACCAGUCCAAAAGUGAAUCAGAUGGCAAUCCCAGCACUGAAGAUGAAUCCAGCAAGGGACAUGAGGAUUUGUCUCCUCACCCACUCUCAGGUUCAUCAGAUGUUGUCACCAACCUCAGCCUUUCCAGUCACAUGGAGCCAGUAUAUAUGCAACAAAUUGGAAAUGCUAAAAUAUCAUUAAGCUCAUCUGGAGUUUUGUUGAAUGGAAGCUUGGUACCUGCAAGUACUUCACCUGUCUUCCUUAAUGGUAAUUCUUUUAUUCAGGGACCCAAUGGAGUUAUCCUUAAUGGAUUAAAUGUGGGAAAUACACAGACAGUGUCAUUGAGCCCACCAAAAAUGUCAUCAAACAUUGUGAGCAAUGGUAUAUCCAUGACUGACAUACUGGGAUCUACCUCCCAGGAUGUGAAGGAAUUCAAAGUCCUCCAGAGUUCUGCAGUUAACUCAGCAGCCACCACCUCCUAUAGCCCCAGUGUCUCUGUGUCAUUCCCAGGACUGAUACCCAGCACUGAGGUGAAAAGAGAAGGCAUUCAAACAAUGGCUUCCCAGGAUGGAGGCUCUGUAGUGACUUUUACUACACCAGUGCAAAUUAACCAGUAUGGCAUUGUCCAGAUCCCCAAUUCUGGAGGAAACGGCCAGUUCCUUAAUGGGAGCAUUGGAUUCUCUUCACUUCAGCUGCCUCCUGUUUCAGUGGCAGCUUCGCAAGGUAAUAUUUCAGUAAAUUCAAGCACUUCAGAUGGGAGCACAUUUACAAGUGAGUCCACUACAGUCCAUCAAGGAAAGGUUUUCUUGAGCUCUCUUACUCCUAGUGCAGUGGUAUACACUGUUCCUAAUUCAGGCCAGACUAUAGGAUCUGUGAAACAGGAAGGCUUGGAGAGGAGCCUGGUAUUUUCUCAGUUGAUGCCUGUCAAUCAGAAUGCACAAGUAAAUGCAAACCUGUCUUCUGAAAAUAUCACAGGGAGUGGCCUCCAUCCACUGGCCUCCUCGUUAGUUAAUGUAUCCCCAACUCACAAUUUUUCCCUCACUCCUCCUACAUUACUAAAUGCCAGCGAGCUAAACCCUGACAUUGCUGAUAGCCAGCCAAUGUCUACACGUGUGGCAAGCAAAUCUACUGUGACAUCUGUCAGCAACACUAACUACGCAAGUCUUCAGAAUUGUUCUCUUAUUACUGGUCAAGACCUAUUGUCAGUCCCUAUGACUCAGGCUGCCCUUGGGGAAAUAGUUUCUACAGCUGAAGACCAGGUGGGUCACCCCUCCCCAACAAUACACCAGGAUUUUGUUAGAGAACAUCGUUUGGUUCUGCAAUCAGUAGCUAACAUAAAAGAGAAUUUCAUACCAAAUUCUGAGAACAAAGCAACAAGCAGCUUAAUGAUGCUAGAUUCCAAAUCCAAAUAUGUCCUAGAUGGCAUGGUUGAGACUGUCUGUGAAGAUCUGGAAACAGACAAAAAAGAGCUCGCCAAGCUCCAAACUGUCCAGUUGGAUGAAGAUAUGCAAGACUUAUAAACCUUAUCUCCUCCCCCACCUUUUUUUUGGCAUCAGGGGCAAAUCUUUUCAUGAAGCCCCAGGGACAUAAAGCAUUUUCCCAUUUAAGGAAAACACUCUACUUUUGCAAGUAAAUGCAUUCUAGAGACUUUGGAUUGAUCUGCAUGAAGAUCACAGUUAUUAUACAGGAGUAGAACUGCAUUACUGCAGCCUUUUUGUUCACAUAUAAUGUUCUCUUUUAAAUAGUUGGAAACAAAGGAACAAGAUGAAAUGUAUCAAGUCAAAGUGUAUCAUUUAGGUGACUUAAUAUAAUUAUUAGUCAAAAUGGAACUUGAGAAAUAGUUUUUUAAAUUAAAAAUGCAUACACCUACCAUAGAAAAUUAAAUAUAGCUGCAGACCAUUAGAAACAAUGCAAUUUUUUUUUUGUUUACUUUUACUCCAUGGGCAUUGAUAAGUUUAAGAAACAUAAAUGGUACUCCAAACUAUUCUAAGGGUAUAUUUUCAAGGCUUGUAGCUUAUACAUAUACAUGUAUAUAUCCGUAUACAUGUAUACACACACACACACAUUUCUCUUAAGCAUUUUUGAGAAAGUCUUGGUUUAAGUCUCUACGCAUUUGUAAAUGUGAUUGCUGAUAGUUCAGUCAGUGUAGCUGAGAAAGUUUGAAACUCCACUAAAAACUCUGAAAUGAACUUCAGUAUGAAUGUAAAUAUAUCAGUUCUAUAAGCAGGAUUUGAGUAAUUACAGUGAAUUUUAUUUAUACUGUAUAUGUUUCUCUUAUACUUCAGGCGCUAUGAACUGGAAAAAAAUGUUUUCUUACUGUUUAAUUUAUUUUUAUUGUUUGAACAGGAAGUGAGCAUAAUUGUUUCCAACAAAGUUUUACUUUUUGUAGGAUUUUAAAAGUAAUGAUUUUUAUCAGGAGUCUAUUAAAGUCAAUAUUAAUAACACUGAAACAGGAAAUCUAACUCCCCAUAUUGGAAUUUUGGUACUUUUUUUCACAUCCUUGUUCUUUAUUUAGCAACUCUGAUUCAUUUAAGUAUGUUUUCUAUAGAAUUCUAUGUGCCUUUUUACCUUGUGGCCUUUUUAUUAGUAGUAAGGUACAGAAGUGUCAACAGAAGCACUGAUGGUUCUUUUCUACUAUCUAACAGGGUUAAUUUCACCACAAAAUUGCUUUAAAUCUGAAGAACUUAAGUUUCACUAAAUAUUAUAUAUAAUGCUUGUCAUGAAAAUGGAUGAACAAGUAAUUAUUGUUGAUGCUUUUCAUUAUAAUGAAAAUAACAGCAAUUAAAUUAUAGAUACCACAUAUCAUCAAUUCCGCAGGCUAUGAAAACAACCAUAUUAAAGUAAAGAAAGUUCUGUCCUGUUGAAACUUAGUUCUGUUUUGAAUCAGUUGUUACGCUAUGACACAUGACUGUUGUUUGCACUAUAUUAUCAUGUCUUCUUUAAAAGUAAAUCUUUUGGGUUUCUGUAGGAGGUUUGUUUGAUAAUAUUGUGAGCUGUGGUUGUAGUUUUUAUCAGGACUCUGAACACAAGAUGUAACAAUGCAAAUACAUUUAUAUUACAAAUAGUUACUGUCUGGUCUCUAAAAAACAAGAAAAGUGAAAAAAAUCACCUCUUCAGAGAUAACUUAAAAGUGUUGAACAUAUAAAGAGGUUACCACAUCUUGCUUCCUUUAAGAUCAGAAAAAGGGUCCACUCUAGAUCCCUACAUGCCCAUCAUCUCAACAUAUUGAAUAAGGGCCGUAGAGAACUUAACUUUUGCUGUAAUUGCAAAUGGAACUUGCAGGCAUAGAUGAAGAGCCCUAUGAAGAAUUCCUCUCCCAUCAUUUUGAUAAAGAACUUACAUUCUGUUUUUUAUGGAAUUGGUGAAUGUUCCUAAACUGCUGAAACUACAUGUUUUUUGUUGUUUUUUAUUCUUUUACAAAGUCAGGUGUUUUAGAGUUCUCUUUCACUCUACCAUUACUACAGCUUGUUUUUUCUUUGGGAGUGUGCUGAUCAUGUUACCUAGAUUAAUUACAUUUACAUGUUUCUGUAGUGCAGUUUACGUGAAAAUGAUGUUUUCCACUUGAUUGCUGCAGAUAUCAAGAGUUUGUUAAUUAUUUAAAAAUACCCAUCUAAUAAGGGAAAUGGGAAGGUUUAAAAAGUUAUAUAUGUUUUAUAUAUAUAUAACUGGAAGAGUUUUAUAUGUCUUCCAAAAAUAUAAUAAGCCUCUCUUUUAUUCAGCGUUCUUCCUUUCUUCUCCCUUAUGAAAAAGAAAAGAUAGCACAAAACUUGAGACUUACCCAGGAAAUCCAUUCAUACUCCCAACAUGAUGUCAUUCUAACCCUACAAUUACUCCAGGUAGCUACACAAUAUACCAGGUAAGAAUCAAUGCACAUUAUAAAGAAUUUAUUAUUUUCUAUUCUUUCAGUAAAAUAAGGGCGAGUUGGUAUGUAGCCCAUGUGUAUGUGAAUGGAAUAAGAUAAACCCCAUGAUCUCCUUGCACAGAAUUGCAAAUGGUUUUUUAUGCAAUACCAAGGGCCAGACUCAGAGCCCUUGGAGUUCAUGUGGCAGAAUUUCCCUCUUACAUAAACCAAUGCUUGACGAUGCUGCAAAUGACCCUCUAAUGAUCCCCAAAGAGGAAUCAUAAUAGGGGUAAAUAACUCCUUGCAGACCCCAACCCCUGCUGCUGGCUAUUGGAUUUUUGGUGUGAGCCUGUCUAUGCACUCUAUCAGCCAGAAUUUGGCACUUAGCUCUUAGCUACAUCUAGUAAAGGACAGCCUGUUUAAAGAGAAGGUGCAUUUUUUCCUCAAUCAAUUAAGAGCACCUGUGUUGUACUGCUUUGUAUCUCAUGUAUAUUUAUAGUCAUGAAAAGACUCUUUGAAUUGUACACGUUUCAGUGCCUUUCUUGUGUUAUGAAAGGCAGGUAAAUGCUAUAGCCAUAGAUGAAAAUCCGUAGUUAAAUUGCACACCAACUUUAAAUCUCCCUGUAUAUGCUCUUAUAUCUUGCAUGUUAAAAGUUGGAUUAUUGGGCAUGUAUGGCAGACUGCCCUGCUACAUGCUAGACAAGUGUGCAUUAGUACAUAGCCACAAGUUCUUCAUUCUUUAAAAUGCUUUGACAGAUCUUCACAUAAUAAAGAUAAAAAUAAUUCAGGAAAACUUUGGGGAAAAGAAUCACAUUUUACAAAAGAUGUUUCAAAGUCUUCCUAAAACUUAGAUGAUAGAGCCUAACAGUUAUUUUGUAUCUAAUUGAUACAUUUCAUGUUAAUUUAAUAUUACCACCAUAUGUUUUAUUAAUCAGAAUUGUAUAGCAUGUGACUCUUGGCUUUCAGGGUUCUCAAAAAAUUAUUUUUUCUUUUGUUGCAUGUACUGUAUGUUUAGAGACAACCAGUUAUAUACUCAAUAUAGUUUUACUGUGCCUUACACAAAGAGAAACUAUACAGAAUGUAUAUCAUGGGGUAGGGUAACAGAGUCUUUACUGCACUGUUAGGUGAUAGCACACAGAGCAUGUCCCAGAACAUUUCUGUGCUUAAUUACCCAACCAAAGAGAUCUAAAGUAUGUAUGUUGUACUGUAAUGGGGGUUUAUGCCUGGACAGUUAAGUGUUUUAUUUGUUUUCUGAAAUGAUGUGAACUUAUUUUUCUAAACACUAUGCUAAAUAAACUUUAUAUUUAUA